AUGCGCUUCUUCACGCCGAGCAUCGCCGCCGGGGCCGUGUUCCUGGCUAGCGCCGCCUGGGCACAGCCCGUCGAGCAGACGGCGCGCGCCAGCAUGCAGGAACGCGCUGCCGGCGGCGGCGGCGGCGGCCUGGCCACGAUCCUCGCCGACCACGUCAAGUACGUCUCCAACCCCGCGAGCGCCAAGGACCCCAUACCGCCAGAAGAGGACAAUGCCGCCCGCGAGGCUCAUCGCUCGGUUCACGCGGCGCUCUUUGACGCCAUCGGCGGAGGAGGAGGCGCCGGCGGUCAAAAAGGUGCUGCUGGAGGUGCUGCUGGAGCUGGUGCUGCUGCUGGAGCGGGUGGUCGAGGCGGCGGCAAGGGCAAGGCUGCCGGAGAUAAAGGCGCAAAGGAGCAAUAA